AUGACCUCAUACCCGCUCGGAUUCCGACUGGCGCAGGGUAUUGGCUUGACUGGCGCAGCAUGGCUGGCAGGCAACAUUAGUGGACUGAGCACUAUAUCCACCCCGGCCCUCAUACGAUCCUAUCGCGAGGACAAUGUCCCUUCAAAUACGAUCGCCAAGCAAUGGCAGAGGAUGUUUGAGCUCGGAAAGGCCAAAAACCCCCCUGUAGCUGCUGCGGUUACCGUCUCUUUCGGCUAUCUCGCUUGGUCUGUCCGUCCGGGAAGCUCCUUGUUUAAGCAGGCGCCCUUGAGCCGCACAGCGCUUUUUUCCACUGCGGCUAUCAUGACUCUUGGAAUCAUUCCUUUUACUAUCAUGUUCAUGUCUAGCACAAAUAACGCGUUGAUUCAAAAGGCCUCGGGUCCUUCCGAGUCUUCUGAUGAAGAAACUCUUGAGCUAGUGAGGACGUGGACUACUUUGAACCAGCUUCGGGGCUUACUGCCUUUGGCUGGCGUUUGCUGUGGAUUCGUGGCCUCUUUCAUCUAA